AUGCCUGAGGCAGUGCAUCUGCAGAUCUUCCUCGGUGCAGGCCUGUCCCUCCUCUGCCUCAGCAUCCUCCUGGGCUGUGCCAUGUGCUGGUGGCACCGCCGGCGCCCAAGUCCCCACCCCAGCCGGGAGUGGGCAGCCAUGGAGCUGGGACCUGCUCUGCCUGCCAGGACUGUGCCAGUGCCCAUCCAGCAACAGUAUGAGGAGAUGGCAGGAGAGGUGCUGGCGGGAGCGUGGCAGCGCCGCUGCACCGUCUCUGGAGCCAAACUCCUCCGCAACAAGGAGAGCCCGCUGGUCCACCCCGUCGCAGGAUCCCCACUGCCCUCCGAGCAGCGUCCCCGGCUCCACUGCGACUUGUCCUACUCACCACCCGAGGCCAUUCUCACCGUGACGAUUCUCGGCGUCUCCCACCUGCCCAAGGGGCUGCAGGACGACCGGGGCUCCUACGUCAAGGUGUACCUGGUGCCGCGGCUCCCGGCGUGCCAGCGCGUGGCCGUGCGCCGCCGGAGCCUCCGCCCUGCCCCCCUGGAGCCGUGCCAGUUCGGCCCAUACAGCCCAGAGGAGCUGAGCAGCUUCACCCUGCGCUUCGCUGUCUACGCCAGGUCACGCAGCCUCGGGGACUCUUUUGUGGGGGAGGUCCUGUUCCCCUGUGCCCAGGCCUCUUGGGACCCCCAGGCCUCUUCCGGCUACACCUGGGAGCUGGCAAGCACCAAAACCAAGCUCAGGAAGAGCCCCAAAACUCCACGGGAAGAGGCAGAGCCUCCUGAGGCAUCACCAGUUAUCCCUGUGGUGGGCUCCAUUGUGGUACAAGUCCCUGUCAGCUGGAGAAGGUUUCACGGCGUCUCCUGCUCUCUCCUCCCAUUCCAGUGCCUCAGGGCCCACAACAGGAGCUGCAGUGUCCUCUCCUCAUCACCCAAAUCCCUCGGCCAGCUCUUCCUUCUCCUCCAGUACCAGGCUCUGGCCAGCCGCAUCAAGGUGCUGGUCCGCAAGGCACAGGACCUGGGCCGGCUCUCACGCAUGCCAGGCACGCCAGGUCACUACAUCAUCAUCCACCUUUACCACAAUGGCUGUGUCAUUGACACCAAGGAGACCAAGUCCAUCAGUGGCUACAACCCUGUGUGGAACAAGCCUUUCCUCUUCAACAUCCCUGCUGGGGAUAUCCAGCAGCAAGAGCUGGCAUUGGAGUUCAUUGUCAUGCAGGUGAGGUGGAUGGAGGUGACCAUGGCUAUGAAGGUGACCUGGAUCUCCUGUGCUCCUGCACCUGGGCGGCUCAGCCCCCAGAGGAGCCAUUUCUUGAUGCCCACAGGAGAUUGCUGGGGUGGGAUCACUCUUUUUGGGAUGAUGGAAAGCCACCAGCCAUGUCCCAUUUCCCCUCUCCUGCCACAGGCUCACCUCCACACCCGUGGCUCUGCGCUGGGCUGUGUGCGGGUGGGGCCACGUGCCCCUGGGACCGGGCUGCUCCACUGGAGGGACAUGUGCAGCCAGGGACCACUGGAGUCAGAGCAGUGGCACCAGAUCCAGCCCAACACCCCCAGACCCUGAUCCUGCCCACAGUCCACAGACAGGGCUUGCCCGGGACUCAGGUGCCCACAGGAGUGAGCCAAAUGGGAUCUCCGAGCCAUGGAGAGGUGAGGUCUCACCCACACAUCAUUGUGGGAUAAGUCUGGGCUCCAACUCCAGGACUGGAGAUCAGUGGUGGUCGGCACAACCCCUUCCUGAACGGCUCUGGAGGAGACUGAGCCUGUCUGAGGUGGCUUCAACACUGGGGAGAGAAGAGGAGCCUUUCUCUGUUCUGUCCACCAUCACCACCUCGGUGACUACACAGGGAACUUUGGCCGUUGCAGGAGAUGGGUGGGAAGAUCACCCAGCUGGGAGAGCAGCCCCAUGGCCACCACAGUGGUUGCAUCUACUGCCCCUUCCAAGCCACCAUCGCCAGCCCACCCUUCCCAUUCAGCCCCCUGAGCUCGGACACACCUGAGAGAGGAGCCACGAGGACAUGCUGAUAUCACCUGAUGAGAAAGAUGUCCACUGGCAUUUUUAAUUAAUUGCUGACCCAAACAAGUGGUUGAUAAACAAAUAAAGGGGUCAGGGAUGAUUCAUGUGUGGAGUCAUUGGAAUUCUGUCCUACUCAUGGGCCAGCAGUGUCCAUGGUCCACCAAGUCCUCUGGAGCGGUGGCCUGGGUGAGAAGGGAGGUCACCUUGAGGGGUGGGAGAGAGCAAAUCCCUGCCUGGUGCUAAUCAGUGAAUUAUCAGGACUGAGGCCCCUCUCCAAGUGGGCUAAUUGGACACGGAAACUCUUCCACCAUGUCCUCACCCCCAGGCUGUGACCCAUGGGACAAUCCCAGCUCCCAGCCCCGUCUGGUGGAAGGAGUUUGUCUGCAGAGGCCACUGGGGGACGCAGUGCACAGGCCACUGUGAUGAAGACCAUGAGGAGGGUCACCAUGGCAAGGAAGGCCGUGGUGAGGGCUGUCACUGUGGGGAUCAUUAUGGUGAGGAAGGCCCAGUGGUGGGAAGGCCUGCAGUGAGGUAAGCCAUGAUGAGAAAGGUCAUGGUGAGGCAGACCAAGGGAAGAAGACCAUG